AUGAGGUUUAAGGAGAAAGUACACCUUAGGCCUUUAGGAGCUCCCUCCCACCCACCACGGACUGGCACUUGGUCCUGGGGGGUGAUUCUGUUUCUCUUGGGGACCCCCCUGACACAGGCUGAGCCUCUGUAUAUCCUGGUGACCCCCCGAGUCUUGAGGGUUGUCCCUGAGAACAUCCACAUCCAGGCCCAUUCAGACUCCAGGUGGCCUCUCAUGAGGGCCCUCAAGGUGAACCACACAGUGUGGGAAUUCCCCAUGAGGAAGACAGUGGUUGCUAGGAGUCAGCUCAUUCUCUCACCAGGAAACAACUUUAUGGGCAGGCAGCUGUGAUGGUGGGUAACAGUUCCAGAGAGCCUGAUUUACCCCCCACAACCAGGGAAACAAUAUGUUAUCAUCUGGGAAACCUGGGAACCCACCUCAGUUUCCUUGUUCAUGGAGAAGACGGUGCUGAUGGCUCCCCAUGCUGGCUACUUCUUCAUCCAGACAGACAAGCCCAUCUGUACUCCCCAGCACUUGGUUCAGUACUGGGUGUUCACUGUGAACCACAAAAUGGACCCUGUGACCAGGACAUUCACUUUUUUUUUUUUUUUUUUGCCCUUCAAGAACCCAGAGGGAGUGACUAUGAUUAGCCAUAUGUUCCUGGCCAGGGAAGGCAUUUUCUUUAGCUCGUUUGACCUCCCAGAGCUUCUCAGUUUUGGGACCUGGACCAUUGAAGCCAGUUAUCCAAGUGCGCCCAAGCAGAAGUUCAAGGCCACCUUCGACGUGAAGGAGUAUGUCCUGCCAUCUUCUGAUGUCCAGCUGAUUCCAAACAAGACUUUCUUCUACCUCAAGGAUCAGGCUCUGGGUGUUGACAUUCAGGCCCCGUAUAUAUUCAACAAGCCAGUGGAGGGACAUGCUCUGGCCAUCAUCGGGAUGAAGCUGGAUUCCUGCCGGAUCCCUAUCCAAAGCUCCCUACAGAGGGUGGAGGUCUCUGAUGGUCGGGGCCACAUCUCCCUCCAGAAGGACAUACUGAUGGCCACAUUCCAAGGCCCAGAAGAGGACUUUAUUGGGGCCUCAAUCUUUGUCAAUGUCACCAUAUUCUCCUCAGGGGGUGAAAUGGUCCAGACUGAGAUCUCAGGAGUGAAGAUUGUUCAGAGCCCAUGAAACAUCAAGUUCACCAGGACACCCCAGUAUUUCAAGCCAGGAAUGUUUCUUCACUUUCAGUCUUCCUGCUCUCACCUAGGUAGUGUCUACACACCAGCUAUUAUUGAUGUGGCUUCAGAGAUGCUGCCCUCCUUCCAGACUCUGGCCUUUUAUUUGCUGCCUAAGGGAGUUAACCAGGACCCUGAGCUUGUGGGAUGGAUUGAUAUGAAUGACAGAUGCAUGGGGACACUGGAGGUUGGCUUGAAGAAUGAGGGAGCCUUAGAGCCACACAGCCUAGUGGAGCUGAAGGUGACAGGUGAUGCAGAAGCCAUACUGGUGCUAGUGGCUGUGAACAAAGAGGUGUAUGUCUUGAGCAGGAAACACAAGCUCACUCAGAAGAAGAGAGUGCAGACGGCACCUACCACCUACCACACCUCCAAGGGGAACCCAGGAGGCACCUGGUGAGAGUGAUUCUUGUUCCAGGUCUUUUCUCUGGCCUUCCCCACAAUGAAAAGCAGUAAGCCUGACCUGUCCUCUCUCUGUGCCAUUGCCAACUGGAUCAUCACCCAGAGGCAGGCAGAGGAUGGACACUUUUUGGAGAAGGACCCAGUGGUCAUGACAUCCAUGCAAGGUGGCUACCAAGGCUCCAAGUCAGAUAUAUCCCUCACAGCUCUUGUCUUGAUCUCCCUGGGUGGGGGAAAGGAGUUUUGCAGCAAGAGAAGCUCCCCUACACUUAUAUCCCUCUAGACCUUUCUCUUCUAACCUCUAGACCUUUUCCUGUGAUCACUCUCCUCCACAGCCACACUCUCCUAUGCACUGGCCCUCGCCCACAGCCCCCAGUCCAACAACCGUCUGGACAGCUUUGCCAGCCAGAACAAAACCCAGUGGGAGGUGAAGGAGCUGGGUGUCGACUCUCUGUACACCAUUGAGGCAACCGCCUACAUGCUGAUACAGAAGCCAGAGCUGUGUCUCUACAAAGAAAUGAACACCAUCACCAAAUGGCUCCUGGUGAAGCAGGAGCUCAGGGGAAGCUUCUCGUCCACCCAGGUGCACACGGUGGCCCUCGAAGCCCUGACCCACUUCUGUGAAGGUGUCCCCUUUGAUCCCCAAGAUCUCCACAUCCAGAUCAGUGUGCCCAAAGGAGCCUUGAACGUGGAGUGGCUAAUCGACCACAACAACACCUAUCAGCAGCAAAGUGCUGUGUUCUUUGCCCAGGAUGACCUAGAGAUCAAAGCCAGCGGCAGUGGGAGAGGAACCAUCUCGAUCCUGACCAUGUACCACAAGUCCCCAGAGUCUUGGGAGGACACCUGCAACCUGUAGUACCUGAAUGUGACUCUCCAGAGUACCCCAGAAGAAAAGAAAAAGAGGGAGGAGACCUUUCAGCUCUGAAUGGAAACACCGUUCCAGGAUAAUCAAGAUGCCACAAUGACCAUCAUAGAAGUCCUGCUCACUGGCUUUUACCCCAACCAGGAUGAUCUCAAACAGCUCACAAGCAACUUGGAGAUGUAUGCCUUCCAGUAUGAGAGCAAGACCAGUUCUAGUGACAGCACAGUUGUCCUCUACCUAGAGAAGCUCUCCCAAGACACAGUGCUGGGUUUCAGGGUCCACAGGAUGCUUCAAGCAGACUUUCUGCAGGUGGGAACCAAGACACCCUCACCCCACCCCACCCCACCCCCCGGAAACUUUCCCACAGAGCCAUCUUCCCUGAGUAAGAUCUGCCACAAAGACGUCUGCAGAUGUGCAGAGGAUCAGUGCCCAUCCUCAAGGAAGGGCAGCAGCUGGCUGGGGCAGGAGGAUCUCCAGGCAGCAGCCUAUGAAACUGGUGUGGACUUUGUAUACAAGGUCAGGCUGGAAUCUGCAGAGGUCUCAGCCUCCAACCCCUACAUCUACUACAACAUGCAGCUCCAAGUCAUCAUCAAGAGUGGAACGGACCCUGCCAUACCCCUCACUAUGAAGAAAUUUGUCUCACACGUCACCUGUCAUGAUUCUCUGGGCUUGCAAGAACAGGAAUCAUACCUCAUAAUGGGCCAGACAUCAGACCUGUGGAGAGUCAGAUUUAAUUACACCUAUGUCCUGGGCAAAGAGACGUUCCUCUUGCUAUGGCCAUCAGAGAGAGAUGUGAGCAAGAAGGAAUCGCUGGACCAGCUGGAGGGGUUUUCAGAAUAUAUGUGCACCCAUGGCUGUGAGUCCUGA